CAGAGAAGAACAAUUGACCCACAGUUUCUCAUUGCACGCAAUGCUCUCAUGGCACAGCACACAAUAUAUAGAAAACGGCCACAUGGACCCCUUGCACCCUCUCUCUCUCCCUGUGUGGCUGCUGGCUGCUGGCGAUGAUUAAAGUGUAAUAAUGCACCGCUCCCGCUCUCACCCACACCCAGACAGACAGAGAGACAAACACAGACACGCCAACGUGCAGCCAAGACAAUAGGUGGGUGGGUGAGUGGCUAAGUGGACGUCAUGCCAGAGAUCAAUCGCCACACCCCCCCCCUCAGCCAGACCUCCGUCUCGCUGACACGUUCACUCCUGUCCCACGGGAGACAACACGAGACAUAUCGCUCUCUCUUCUCGCUCUCUCUUCUGGCACUGUGUGUGUGUGUGUGUGUAUGCGGUGUGUAUGCGGUGUGUAUGUAUUCGCCAGACGACAGACACAUCUCCCUCUCUCUCCCUCCCGGCAUUUCUUUGACCCUCACUCAGGCACAUGUGCUGCCGACGCAAUUCAGGCUGCAGCGUUCCUUGGCGGCCGUGCAGGACUGUGACGGUCCACUUGGUUUACAGCCUGCAUGCAGCACGGGACACAAUUAGUGUGUGCACAUGAAAACAGCGUUCGUGCGGGCGUUCGUGCGAGCUGCUUCUCUUCGCUUUAUUUGGCUCACUUACAUCUUCCUUCGAAGCAGUCGUCGCCACCAUCAAAAUCGCAGUCAACGGUCACAGCCUCGCAUGCACGGCACGUGCCGUCAGAGUCAUUGCAGAAACGGCUGCAGCAUUCGUCGUCAUUACUGCAGGAGGAGCCAUUCUCAAUACAGCCUGCAUGAAUGAGAAUGAAAACAAUGAGACGGCUGUCAACAGGUAUGCAGAUGGCCUUUUGUUCGCUUACAUUCUCCAGAGCCGUCGGGAAACUCUAUCUCGCCCGUCGGGCAUUGGCCCGCACUCGGUCCGCACGAGCCGGCCCUACACACUGGAGUGGCGGGGCGGUCGGUGCAGUCGGUGUCGAACAAGCAUGGCCCGCACGUGCCGGCUUCGGUGUUACACACUGGAGAGCUCGGUGGGCAGUUGGUGUUGGACGUGCAUUGGGCCUCAGCCGACCCGCAUACGAAAGUGAGUCUGUUACACACUGAGCUGCCGGGGCAGUCGCCCUCGUUGAAGCAAUAGCCGCAUUGGCGCCUGCCGUCGAUUUCGGCGAGACAGGUUUGUCCUUCGACGAGGCAGUCGGCAUCUGCUUCACACGUCUCGUCGCAGGGGGCGCACAAGCCGCCUUUGCAAGUCCUGGAGCAGCAGUUCUCCCCUCCGUCGGUGCAGACGUCGCCCGUCUGCGCACAGGGGACACCUGAGAGCACACACAAACACAGACACCCAGACACACGAUGGAGGGAGAGCUGUGUGUGCCCACGGAGGGUGGUGUGUGAGUGGACUGUGUGGGGCGUACACAGGCCGUUGCCUCCGCCGCUGCAUCUGUGUGUGGCCGGUGGGCAGGGGUCUUUGUCGUCUUCUGCCUCGCUGCAGCUGCGCACACACUCGCCCGACACUCCGUCCGAAUUCGGCUUGCAGUGAAAGCCGAAGAGACCUUCCGUAGAGCAGUCGGUAUCAAACAUGCAGGGGAGGUUCACCGCUGACACACACAGCGAUCAGGACACACACACAGGUCAAAGAGGCCACCGACAGACAGAGUGCCUUAGUAGCGGUGUGCGCACUUACGCUGCUCAUCUUGAAGCGGUCCGUUGACUUGGUUGGUGGCAUUGAGUCCGGCCUCUUUGGGCGACGGCUCUAGGGGCAUAAUGAGGACCUCAGUGUGGUUGGCUGUGUCGCCAGUGGUAUUCUGUGGAAGCUGCCCGGCCGUCUGCUGCUCAGCUGGCCCGUUGG